CGCAUACGCACACCCACCCACCGACGCCGUUGCAUCACCCCAGCGACCGCGCUGGGAAUCUUGGGAACUUGCAUUCGCCGGCCAUUGAGGGCGACAUUGGCGAUCCGCCCGGAGCAUUGUCAGCCCAGCGCCUCAGGAACGCCCGCGUGUGUCCGGACGGAGGCACCACCUACCUACUUUGUUUUGGCUGCCACUGCCUUCUACCACCUCCUCCGCCAGCAUAUGGCCACAGCACGAUAAUCGCAUAGCACUUAUACCACGACCACCCGCGCACACAGAACGAAGCCGCUUGCGCACGCAUUCACAUGCCCAUGGCGCAGGCUGCGCUCGGGUAUGAUGGUUCGCCUUCCACAACUCUGGCGACAUCCCUCGUGGCCGCAACGACGCCUGUCAUGACCACGACCGGAGUACAUGUGGAAGUCGACCGACAACGAUGGCAUAGACAUGGCGACAAGUGGGCGGAAUGGAGGAAUUCACAUCAGACCAUCCGCGCCGUCGGACUCGGCAGUACCGGUAAAGGCAUACUGAUAGGAAUGCUGUCUGCCUUUGGCUCUGCUGCCCUGGUCGGAAUUAUCAUUGCCAUUGUCUACUUCUUCAGAUACACCAGCCGUGGUCGAAUCUUCCUGGAUCGCAUAUCACGCCCAGGAGAGUUCGACGAUGAGCAGAGCUUCUUGCGCGAGGAGGAAGAAGCCCUUGCCGAGAUGGACGACUUACAGCGAGCGGAAUACUUCAGAGCCAAAGCAUUCGUACAGCACAACCCCCCGGAAUCCGUACAAACCGACAUAUCGUUAUCACAAUUCUUGGCGAUACAAGAGAAGGGAGUCUCAGCAUGGGAGUUCGAGCCGGAACUGGAGAUCGCCAACUGCUUCGUGGAGGCUAGGACAGAGAUUGAGUUCUUUGAUUCGGAGUGCAGUGUACAGAGCAACCUGCCCAUUCCGAAGCAGAACGAGGUAUACUACUGGGAGGCCAAGCUAUACGACAAACCAGAUUCGACACUGGUGAGCAUCGGGUUAACGACGAAACCCUACCCGCUCUUCCGACUCCCUGGACUGCACAAAUACUCCAUUGCGUAUCUAUCCACAGGUCAACGCAAGUUUAAUCAGCCCUUCACCUCGACAAAUUAUGGACCUCCAUUCGUGCAAGGCGACGUCGUCGGCGUUGGAUACAGACCUAGGACUGGGACAAUAUUCUUCACGAGGAAUGGUAAGAAGUUGGAAGAUGUUUGUCAUGGAAUGAAGCUGCACAACUUCUUCCCCACGGUUGGAGCGAACGGACCUGCAAACAUCCAUGUGAACUUUGGGCAAAUGGGCUUCGUCUUCAUCGAGGCGAACGUAAAGAAGUGGGGUCUUGCACCAAUGACUGGCAGUCUAGCGCCGCCUCCUCCAUAUGGUAGCGAAGCCGGCAGCAUACUCCUCGAAGGCGGCCGUGAGGGCGUCAGAGAAGGAAUGGGAUGGGCACCUGGACAUGGCAGAUCACAUAGUGGUGCGAUCAGAUUGCAAGGCCGACCUACGAGGAGUCCAGGACCAGAGCGCUCGCCUACGGACAUUUCACUUGCACAGCUCAAUAUUUUGGACAUGCAAGAUGAUGUGGAAGAAGAGGAAGAAGACGUUGGAGAGGGCACGAGUGAAGCUGCAAGCAGUCAGAUCUAUAUGAACCCUGGCCUACCAUUGGAACCUGCAGACCAUCCACCUCCAGACUACGAAAGCCCAGACGAGGACGAGAACGGAGACGAUGACGACGACUCGGACAUGACAGCCCGACCUCGUGCCGGAACAAACGCUUCAGAAUACAGUGAGCGGACCAGAUUGCUGCACAAUUAUAGCCCGCCCAUUCCUACCUACGAAGCGGCAGUCAGCGAUGUCGAAGCCGGUCGGGGUAGGAGUUCGACCAGAACGCGUCCGAGAAGCGAGUCAUGACACGACACACAGAAACUGAAGCAAGCGAGCAUAAUCCUUUAAUCGAGGAAAUAGUACUGUUUUCCGGGACCGGCGGGCGUUUAUGGGGAAAUUUUUCUCAUCUUUUUUUGCAUGACACAUAUGGGCGGAGCGCAUGAGUAAAGCGUAGCAACCAGCAGCGGACCGAUUCGAUGAGAGAGGAUAUCGAAAAAGGGGAUUUCUCUGAAAAGAAUUGAAAUUAUUCGAGGAUGAAAGGGAGAGACUGAGGGGAGGCAACUAUACCCUGCGAAAGCUUUUGAGUUGUGUUGAGCGGCUAAUGGAAGCGCUGUACCUACCAAAAUUUCGCUUGAGCCUUGUCUAUUGCCUCGACUCGCUUACGGCAGCUACGAUGCUCCUUGAAGUGUUGCUGCGGUUUGUGGGUUGGAAUGGGAUAGACGGGGGCAAUUUAUGAAUAUUAUGACGAAUGCAAAUGGAGAGACUUUUGAUCGAAGCUGUCCUUUGGAGUUGGAGGCGGGCUUCAGGGUGGAGGUGUUGUCGACGAUUGCUUGCUGCCAGC